CAGAUAUGAUGUCCCUAUGCCUCCAAAUACUUCUGCCUGGAUAAAUUAAAAAAUAAGGAUACAACCAUAGUGCAAUUUUUUAAAAAUCAGGCAAUUAACCUCAUGCAACAAGCCUAGUGUUCUCAAAUUGUCUAGUGGGUACAAUUGCUAAUGUACCAUUUCUGGAAUACCUUUUUCUUAAUUUAGUAAGCAUAGAUCCCUCUAAAACCUUGGGCAUACUUUUUGUGCAUACUUCCCUUCUUUAAUUCCUUGCUAAAUGAGAUGAAGAGAGCUCUCUUUGGACACAGAAACUUCUUUAAAAAUGGCAAUGGUGUCAGAAUUCCUCAAGCAGGCCUGGUUCAUUGACAAUGAAGAGCAGGAAUACACAGCAAACUAUUAAAGGAUCCAAAGGUGGUCCUGGGCCAGCAGUGUACCCCUUCCCCAGCUUCAAUCCAUCCUCGGAUGUUGCAGCCUUGCAUAACGCUAUAAUGGCUAAAGGUGUGGAUGAAGCAACCAUCAUUGACAUUCUAACCAAGAGAACCAACGCACAGCGCCAACAGAUCAAAGCAGCUUAUCUCCAGGAAAAAGGAAAGCCCUUGGAUGAAAUGCUGAGGAAAGCCCUCACAGGCCACCUUGAGGAAGUCGCUUUGGCUCUAUUAAAAACUCCAGCCCAGUUUGAUGCGGAUGAACUUCGUGCUGCCAUGAAGGGUCUUGGAACUGAUGAAGACACUCUGAAUGAAAUUUUGGCAUCAAGAACUAACAGAGAAAUCAGAGAAAUUAACAGAGUCUAUAGAGAAGAACUGAAGAGAGACCUGGCUAAAGACAUCACUGCAGACACCUCUGGAGAUUACCGGACGGCUUUGCUCUCUCUGGCUAAGGGUGACCGAGCUGAGGACUUUUCUGCAAAUGAGGACAUGGCUGAUUCAGAUGCCAGGGCAUUAUAUGAAGCAGGAGAAAAGAGAAAAGGGACAGAUGUGAAAGUGUUCACUACCAUUCUUACCAGCAGAAGCUUUUCCCACCUUCGCAGAGUGUUUCAGAAGUACGCCAAGUACAGUCAGCAUGACAUGACCAAAGUGCUGGACCUGGAGAUGAAAGGUGACAUCGAGAAAUGCUUCACAACUAUCGUGAAGUGUGCCACAAACAAGCCGAUGUUCUUUGCUGAGAAGCUUCAUCAGGCCAUGAAGGGUGCUGGAACACGUCAUAAGAUAUUGAACAGGAUUAUGGUUUCCCGUUCUGAAAUCGACAUGAAUGACAUCAAAGCAUGCUAUCAGAAGUUGUAUGGUAUCUCUCUCUGCCAAGCCAUCCUGGAUGAAACCAAAGGAGACUAUGAAAAAAUCCUGGUGGCUCUCUGUGGAGGACAAUAAACAUUCCUUUGACGAUUUCAAGCUUUUGAUCAGAAGAUUUUUAAAUCAUAUCUCUAU